GUCAUUCGGAGUAACAAAUAUAAAGAGACCAUUUUGGAUCCAGUCAUGGUCAAUAUCAUGUGACAGGAUGUGUCAUCAUUCAGACACCUGCAAAGGACCACAUGGUCGUGAAGCAAAGUAACUUACUCUCUUUUAACUAUUUGAAAAAAUCAUGUUUUCACUUGCUCAUACGCACGUCCCGAAACAUGAGGUUAUUUGGUACAACUGCUAUAAAACAUAAAAAAUGUUGUAGUAUUUUAAAAACUUGUACUUAUUAUAUAAAAUGUUUGAUUGUCCUUUUGCUAGCUAGCUAGAUAUAAGCCUGUUUACAUGGUUUGAAAAUAUCGUCAUUCGGUAUAACCAAAAGUGUCAUUCAGUAAAACUGAAAUUUUGGUUAAACCGAAUGACUUUUUUGGUGACAGAUUUUGUCGAUAUUGUAAAAAAUGACGAAAGCAGUGUUAAUUGAUUAUAAAAACCACAUAAUCUCAUUGUUAACGCUUAAUAAAGCUUCAAAAUGAAUUAUAUUUUCAUCAUUAUUUUUUUACACUUUUAAAAACCUUAUCCAUGAAUGACUAUUGUGUGUAUAUAUAUAUUCAUUAUCCAUGAAUAUAUAUAUACACACACACACUUUAGAUUUUCUUAUCCCAGACAUUGUUAAAGAUUUAAUCCCUGCCGCUAAGAUGCUCCUCUGUCGGUCACGGAUCAUGGAAAGUGAAACUUAACUCUGUCACAGGGGUGGUUGGAUUUAUUGACGCACAUUAAAAAUAUUUAUUAAAAGCUUCUUUCUUUUCACAUUUUUAUUUACAACAUUAUCAUAAUAGGCUGUACAUUAACUUAUUGGGAGAAAACCAGUAGGUCUAUGUAAAAUCAGAUAUUGAGCACCCCCAUAUCUCGUCUCAUGACACCUCUGCGAAGAUUCGACUGUGAGAUUGGUAGUCGAAUCAGGCUCCUCCUAUCAAAGCAUCGAAUCGUUGACUAUUCAGGGUCACCCCUAAUAUAUAUAUAUAUAUAUAUAUAUAUAUAUAUAUAUAUUAGUCUGAAUGCAUGUCAUAAUUACUCUGUGCUACUAGUGUGUGGUGUGUGUUGUUUCCAUUAUGAAAUUAAAGUAUUGAUGCAACUUAAUUAUAAUUAUAUUAUUUCUCUUAUUUUUGUAUCAGGGUGUGUGGGAUGUAAUUGCUUAUCCUGAGAAAAUGAGGAUGAGCUGAGAUCUGUCAAAUCAGGAUAACAGCAACAGCUGUGCGCCCUGUAUCUCUAUAGCACCUGUUCUUACGCAAACAACACCUAACAGAAAAAUAAGGGUAUGAGAGAUGUCCUCAUAUAGGUCAACAGCAGCCAGCUCUGCCCAUCGAGAGCAUCCACAAGCAGGCACCAGAGAGUGACCACGGCUCAGUCUAAUCUCCAACAAUUCUGCUAUUAUCUGCUCUAUCCAAUCAAAGUCUCGUGUCAAAGCAUCGCCAUUGUGAAUAGCCAAGGGUCCAGCGUGGGGGCAGAGAGUGGCGUUUUGAUGAGUCAGUGGGUCUAAGACCUCCACAAUAGGCCGCACAGGGCUCCACAAUAGUCAAGGCUAAUGCGGUUUUUCUGUUGGCUGCUGCUGAGUGUGCAGGCCUGAUGCGCAUUCUGCACUAAAUGAGGGGCCCUGUGCUAUAAAAACACUGGACAAGGGCUUGGCCACCACAUUGAUUAUACUGGAUCUGUCCCACCUCAGUACAGCGCGGUGAUCGACAGCAGCCAUGAAUCCGCAGCAGGAAUUGGAGCAGAGGGGGAAGUUUAGGAUGACUGUGUUCGAGGAGGAGUUCUUCCAGGGCAAGAGCUGUGAAUUCAUGUUUGAGUGCCAGAACAUUCUGGACAGAGACUUCAGAAAGAUUCGCUCCAUUAAGGUGGAGAACGGCCCCUGGGUGGGGUACGAAUAUCCCGAGUUCCAGGGCCAGCAGUUUAUCCUAGAGAAAGGAGACUAUCCCUGUUACCAGGCCUGGAGUGGCAACAGCAGUUACAGAACAGAGCACAUGCUCUCUUUCAGACCUAUUAAAUGUGCUAACCACAGUGACAGUAAGAUUACCCUCUAUGAGUGUGAAGACUUCAUGGGACGUAAAUUUGAGAUGUGUGAGGACUAUCCCUCCCUCCAAGCCAUGGGUUGGUGCAGCAAGGAAGUUCCCUCAAUCAAAGUCAACUCUGGAGCCUGGGUAGGCUAUCAGUUUCCUGGUUACCGUGGAUAUCAGUACAUCUUUGAGAGAGACAGACGCCAAGGAGAGUACAGAUGCUACAACGAGUACGGCACCCAGGCACACACCAAUCAGAUCCAGUCUAUGCGCAGAAUUCAGCAAUAAGACCCGACACCAUUAUGUACCCAUCAUGUCAUGCCGUGUCAUUACUAUAGGCAAUAAAGACAUUAUUUAAACUAUGGUAAAAGAGUGCUUGUGGCAAUUCCUUGCUUUUUUAAAUAAAAUAACUUCUCUGCUCAAAUCAUGGAUCUGCUAAGUGGUAAUCCUUGAUGUAAAAAACAAAAAUGUCUGAUGCUUUUUAAAGCUAUAUGUAAUUAGAGAAGGCCUCCCAAAUUUCAAGGUAAAUGUAAUCAUGCAGAAAUGUUGGCAAGAUUUUUUUCUGAGACAGACUACACUUUCAAUGGAGGAAUAAGCCACUUCGUUAUAUUUAAGAAUUAGGAUGAUUUACACCAGCUGAACAACACCAAGUCUUGCUUAAUGACAUUCUACACCAUCUAUAUGAUGGAGGAUGUGAGACUGUGAUAUUUCUA